UCAUGGCGGAGGCGCUGCUCUCCCGGCUUUCCAGGCGCCGCUUCUGGGGCGGCUUCGUGUGCGGGGCGGCCCUGGGCGGCGCCGCCACCGCCGCGGCCCUGGCCGCCGCGCAACGAGUCCCGGCCGACCGCCGCCGCCCCUGUGAAUCCCCGCCCCCUUCCCGCCACGACAGCAGCCCCGCCGGCGAGCCCUUGCGGGAGGAACCAGCGCCUGAGUCUGUGCUGGGAAUGUAUGGCUUUCCCGUAGAUGGAACGCAGACCAGACUCUACACCAAUCACGCUCUGUCUUAUGACCAAGCAAAACGGGUACCGAGGUGGGUGAUCGAACAUAUCUCCAAACACAAGACUGUGGGCGAUGCAGACAGAAGACAUUGUAAGUUCAGGCCAGACCCCACCAUCCCUCCACUCUUUAGUGCCGUGAACGAAGACUACAUCGGGAGUGGCUGGUCACGAGGCCACAUGGCGCCGGCGGGAGACAACAAAUACUCUCCAAAAGCCAUGGCAGAAACGUUUUAUCUCUCCAACAUUGUGCCUCAGAACUAUGAGAAUAAUGCCGGAUUCUGGAACAGAAUGGAAAUGUAUUGCCGCGAACUAACAGAGAGAUUUGAAGACGUGUGGAUCGUUUCGGGACCUCUGACGUUACUUCAGGUCGACGAGGACGGGAAGAAAAGAGUCACUUAUCAGGUAAUUGGAAAAGACGAUGUGGCUGUUCCUUCGCAUCUGUACAAAGUGAUCCUCGCCAGGCGAAGCGCGACGUCGCCCGACCUGCUGGCGCUGGGGGCCUUCGUCGUGCCCAACAAUCCUAUCGGCUUUGAUCAUCAGCUGCCGGAAUUCCAAGUCGGCAUCGAAGAGCUGGAGAAGAUGUCGGGCCUCGUUUUCUUCCCGCAGGUGAAUAAAGACGAAAACGUCCGGAAUAUCUGUGAGAUCGACACGUGCAGACUGAUGAGCUUGGAGGAAUUCACUUUGUACAUCACCACGCGGAAGGUGCAGAGCGCCAGGACCCUUGAGAGAUUGGGGAAGAUCAUGUCAGAGUUACAGGAGAAAGGGAUAAAGCCCGACGAAUAUCUCUUGAAGGUUUACAAGAAGAAAGAGGAGGAAUUAGCAAUACAGAAGACGGUGGAAGCUAGAGAAGGGAGAGCUGGUUAAGAUCGUUAAAAAAAACCCACACCUUUGACUCUGCCACUGUUAAGAUUUGGUCGGGUUUCUGCGAUGACGGAGCUCCUGAAGUAGAAGUUUGGUUCUUUGGUGUGAGAAUUAUAAUAUCCCCUGGGGCUCAAGAUGGCAAUAGAACGUACAUUGACGGACCCGUGCCCUUUUUGAAACCAGUCUAUUCAGAAUUGCUUCUAAGGGCACGGUAAAUAUUGAAGACGGUUACCUUGGGGAGAUACAAGUGGAAUCGGUCUUACGGAACUUCUUUUUUCUAACACAAUGCUUUAAAAAUAGUGUUAUUCUAUUUUCUUUUUGGACUCUUAAGUUUUUUCCCUUCCUGAUAUUAUUUUUAGACUAAAUAAAGGGAAGUAAUUUCUCUGGUACCUUUGUAUUAAUUUUUUGUUCCCCUUCAGCACAGCCUCAAAUUAUCUUCAUUAAUGAUAGCUUUGCUGUCUAAAAGUCAUAGCUGU